AUGUCUGGCUUUCAGCUCUACACUGAAAGACUUAGUAUUCCCCCAUCAAAUGCUCAAGCUUCUUCCUCUCGCACCACCUCUUCUUCCCGAUCCCGCAAUAUUACGGGUCAAACCAUGAAUUCAUACAUGAGUACUUCGAACUCCGAACCUAUCUUUAUCGACGAUGAAGACGAUGAUGACAUACCGAUAGCUCAAGCGGUCAGUAGUAGUAAACCGUCGAAUGGGAUGAAGAGCGAGAGGAUGGAGAACGGCGGUUACCGAUUAGGAGGAAGAACAGAAAAAGUGCUUCCCCUAGAUGUUGAAGCGAAAGAAGCUUUGAAUGUGGCUCUUGCGAAAUUAGAUAGAGAAAUUAAAGAUGUGGAAGCGCAAUUGCGACCUCUUCAAGAACUUCAUUCAUCACUUUCAUCUGAAAGGAGAGCACUCGAAUCACAAUUACUUAAAGCGUCUUCGUUACCCAAACCGACUAUCGUUCCUUCCACUAAAGCCUCGGUCCAAUCUGGAUUGAUAGAUUAUCAAUCUUCAAAUUUCAUAUUCGCACCUCAGGUUAUGCAAAAUCUGAAAAACACUUUUCAUCUCAAUCACUUUAGGUUAUGUCAAGAAGGAGUCAUCAAUGCUGCUGUAGAUGGAAGAGACAUCGUUUGCGUUAUGCCUACUGGAGGAGGCAAAAGUCUGACAUAUCAAUUACCGGCUGUAAUGGGCAGAGGAUUGACCGUAGUCAUCAGUCCAUUAUUAGCUUUGAUAUGGGAUCAAGUUAGAGGAUUAAAGGAACUAGGAGUAGAGUGUGUGAUGAUGACUGGUGCAACGUCAACAUCGGAACAGAAUGAGAUCUACGAAAGAAUGAGAAACGGUUCUUCAACGGGCAACAAAGAGAUCAGGCUUUGCUAUGUAACGCCCGAAAAAGUAUCAAAAUCCAAACGACUGAUAUCCACGUUGGAAAAACUUAACGAAGGUGGAAGACUAAGAAGAUUCGUAAUUGAUGAGGCUCAUUGCUGCAGUCAAUUGGGACAUGAUUUCCGACCGGACUACAAGAAACUUUCGAUGCUCAAGACUCUUUUCCCUCGAGUACCAAUUCAGGCAGUAACUGCUACACUCAGUUCGAAGACCUUGCCCGAUCUUUUGAAGAUCCUUCGUCUGGGUCCGAUCACUGAUGGGAGAGCCGCCAAAUCUACUGGAACAGUGUUCUUCUCAGCACCUCUCUUCCGACCUAAUCUUCAUUACAAGGUAUUACCUAAGCCUUCCAAUGCAAAAUCUGCUAUUGCAGCGAUGGGGGCCUGGAUACAAAAGAAUCAUCCUGGGCAAAGCGGUAUCAUAUACUGCUUGAGUAAAAAGGACACAGAAACUGUUGCCGAAGAGCUCAGGGAGUGGUCAAACGGCGAUAUCAAGACCGGGAUUUAUCAUGCUGGAAUCGGAGAUUAUGAGAAAGAGAGAAUACACGUUGGAUGGAGACAAGGGAAAGUAAACGUUAUUUGCGCGACAAUCGCUUUUGGGUUGGGUAUCGAUAAGGGAGAUGUGCGAUACAUGUCGAAGUCCCUGGAAGGGUAUUACCAAGAAACAGGUCGAGCAGGACGAGAUGGUCAAGAUAGCGACUGCGUACUGUUUUACCGAGGUCAAGAUGCCGCAAGGCUAUCAUCAUUGACUUAUGGCGAUGUAGAUGGGUCAAGUAAAUUGCAAGAAAUGUUGAGAUUUGCUCAGGAUCUGAGGACAUGCCGAAAGGUCGCAUUUGCCAAAUACUUUUCAGCAUCAGCCCAUCUAUCUGCGUCCGCCUGGGAUGCUCCAGACAGUUUAUCCUCUUCGUCAGGUUCCACUUCUUCUUGUGGAAUAUGCGAUAAUUGCCUUCGACCGGCAGACUCUAUAAUCACAAAAGACGUGACCAUCGAGACGUGGAAAAUACUAAAGGUAGCUCAGGCUGUUGAGCGGGACGGAGGUAGAGUGACCUUAGCCAACUUGGCUGAUCUAGUAAGAGGUUUAGGAGGCGGAUUGUUCGGUGUAGUAGGAGGUGGGGAGGGGAAGAAAGGGAAGAGGAAACUGAAUGGCGAGAAAGAGAAAGUGGAUUUGGAAGAAGUCGGUGGGAAGAUUACGAUGAGCAAAGAUGAUAUUGAAGCGCUACUGACACAUCUAAUACUUCUGGGCUAUCUGAGCGAUUCGUAUCACGCUACAGCAUUCUCAGUCAACGUGUAUAUCAAACCAUCCGAUUCUGCUGUUCGUCUUACUAGACUGAGGUUGGAGGACAUACAAGCUGGUAAAGGAAUCCAAAUAGAAUGCACCUUCCUCGCAAUCGAGCCUAGAAUGGCAAAAAGCAAGAAAGGAAAGAAAUCAGAUACCGAUGAGGAUGCCGAUGAUGACGGAGGUGGAGAUGGAGUUGAUAAGCUGGAAAGGGGGAAAGGGAAGAGUGUCACGAAGAAAGCUAAAACGGAAAGUAAAGCUAAACCAAAAACAGGUAAAGCCAAAGGGAAGAAGCAAAUUUCAGACGAAUCUGGUGACGAAGGAGCGGGGAGAGAAUGGUUUGACCUCGACUUCGAUGAGAAGGGAAUUCUUAAACAGCCAAAAAGUAAAAAUGGAAACAUGAAGCUCUCGAGAUCGUAUUCAAAAGUUACUACUGCUAAACGAAGGGGUAAGCUGACAACAAAUUCUGUCGCGAAGGAUUUGGAAGAGAAAGAGGAUGAUGUUGACAUACAAGAUAUGAUGGACAACGAGCAUAUACAUGAUGUUGAAGAAGAGGAGGAGGACGAAUGGGAUGAUGAUGGUUGGGAAGGAAUUAUGGAUACUUCAGGGCCGGAUGGGUUCUCAGUUAUUAGGAGUGGUCCAACGAACAAGCAUGGGAAAAGAAUAGUCAGUGUGUCUGAUAGUGAUUAA